UUUUUGGGAUCGUUUAGGGUUUGGAAUUUGGACUCGUUGUUCUCUGGAGUCCUACAAAAUACGAUUAGCUAAGUAACUGCGACAAAAACGAUUAUUAUUUAUUUUGCUUAAACGGAAAAAAGGCAAGAGUCUGUUGUUGCAGCUGUUUGGUCUUUAAAUCACCUCUCCAUCUUGUUUCGCUUCUCGCGAGUUCUAAAAGUUAGGGUUUGUCCGAGUCACGCCGUAUUCUUCUUCUCCGAAGUGAUAUCAUCGCAGGUAAGGUAUCAUCUCUUUCCUUCAUUCCUUCCUUCGUUCGAUUACUCUGGUAUUGAAUUAUCUUCUGAUUUUGCUUCUUCAAUCGAUCUGUAUUUCUUCUUCCCACCGUCUACUGAAUUUUCAACGAAAUUUUGAACUUUUCAAUUGAUUUCUCUACAAACACUUUGGAUCUGAUCUUUCGGUAGCUAAUUCUCUCGGCAUGGCUUCGUGUUUUGAGGAAAAAAGUUUCGAACUUUGUACUCAGAAUAUAUCUAAUUUGGCGAUGAAAUUUGCCCGAAAUCUAAGGGUAUCCGAUUCGUGGUGGCUCAGUUCGAUAAGUUCGUUUCCGUUUAUUUGCAAUGCGCAAAUGUUUUGUUGUUCUGCAUAGUUCAUGUUUCUAAGAUGAUUCAUAGAUAAAGUUUUUUCCUGCCCCAGUUGCAUGUUUGAGAAAAAGUUUCCGACUUGUACUCGAAUGUAUCUAAUUGGCUAUAAGAUUUGCGAAAUCAAGUUGUCCGAUUUGUGGUUGGGAUAUUUUUGAUUAUUUUUUUAGAAGAUACAGUAAUGGCUGGAGUACUAGCUGGGGAAUGUUCGUACGGUGAGAGUGGAGUUUCAUCUCACUCGAGGAAUUCUCAUGAAAAGCAAGACGAGCUUUCCCGCUGGUACUUUGGAAGAAAGGAAAUUGAAGAAAAUUCACCCUCGAGGCUGGAUGGUAUUGACUUGAAGAAGGAAACUUACCUCCGCAAAUCCUACUGUACAUUUCUCCAGGACUUGGGCAUGAGAUUGAAAGUUCCCCAGGUUACAAUAGCUACCGCGAUUAUCUUCUGUCAUCGCUUCUUCUUUCGCCAAUCACAUGCAAAGAAUGACAGAAGGACGAUUGCAACUGUAUGUAUGUUCCUUGCUGGAAAAGUUGAGGAAACUCCACGGCCCUUGAAUAACGUUAUUUCUGUAUCCUAUGAGAUAAUCAACAAGAAGGAUCCUGGUGCUGCCCAGAAAAUCAAGCAAAAGGAAGUAUAUGAGCAACAAAAAGAGCUUAUACUAAACGGAGAAAAGAUAGUACUUUCUACACUAGGCUUUGACCUCAAUGUUCUCCAUCCUUAUAAACCCCUCGUAGAAGCAAUAAAGAAGUUUAAGGUUGCCCAGAAUGCUCUUGCCCAAGUUGCCUGGAAUUUUGUUAACGAUGGUCUGCGGACAUCACUCUGCCUGCAAUUCCAGCCUCAUCACAUCGCGGCUGGUGCUAUUUUUCUUGCGGCCAAGUUCCUUAAAGUGAAGUUACCAUCGGAUGGAGAGAAGGUUUGGUGGCAAGAGUUUGAUGUUACACCCCGACAAUUGGAGGAUGUUAGCAACCAAAUGCUUGAGCUUUAUGAGCAAAACCGUGUACCUGCAUCUCAAGGAAGCGAAGUAGAAAGUAGUGUGGGUGGAGGGUCAGCUCAUCGUCCAGGCUCCAGAAAUGCAACGUCAACAGAUGAGCAUCAUGUUGGUUCUAGGCAAGCAUCAGCACGUUCAAGCCAUGAACCUUCAAACUCUGAUAAUCAUGGGGGUUCAUCAAAAGGCGGUUUGGAUCAGAACAAUGGCAAUGGGGAUGUUGAGGCAGCUACUGUCAGUGUCGAUCACAAAGAGGAGAGCCCACAUCAUGAAAAUCAGCAAGUUAAUAAGGACAAUGUGAGAGAAGUCCCCCAUAACUUUAGACCUUUAGUUGAGGGAGCUGGGAAGGACAAUUCAGAAAGAGAGAGUGGAGAACUUCCAGAUUAUGGCGCUGUUCAUAAAUCUAGAAAUGUUGAAACAGUUGUUGUUGCCCCAAUCGGCCAAUCGCCAAAAGACUUGAAAAUGCUCCGGGAUAAGGUGAAGGCUAAGCGAGAGAAGGCUAAGAAGUUGCUAGGUGAAAGAACAAUGAAAAAGGAUUUGAUAGAUGAGGAUGAUUUCAUUGAAAGAGAGCUGGAAGAUGUGGAACUAGCUGUUGAGGAUGAAAACGCCAAGCAAAAGAAUGUACCAAAGGCCGAGAACUCUGAUCUCAUGGGCACAGAACAUGGGGCAGUAAAAAAUGCAGAAGAAGGUGAAAUGGUAAACGAUGUGUCUCAGAUGAUGCAUAGCAGAAAGAGAAAAAUGGGGAGCCCUCCUGAAAAUCAGUCUGAAGGAAAGAGACGCCUCAGUAGCGAGAACGGUGAACAAGGCCACAAGACGAGCAGAGGAAGUAGUAGUAGUCAUCAUGGUGACAGAGAGCACAGAAGACACUCGUAAGAGAGAAACCAUUCAUGAGAGGUAAUGAUUAUUAAAACUGCUUCAUCUUGUUCUCUUUCUAAGGACCUUUGGCACUUUGAUGAUGCCUAACCAUGUGAACAUGACAUUCUACAUGGGGUCGGUUCAGUCGUUGGAACCAUGCUCGGUGUAUGUUAUGUUUGAUUAUAUAAUCUAUUCGUGCUGUUUUGCACAAUCCCAACGGCUUGAACACUAUUAUGACUCAACAUCCUUUUUCAGAUGUUGAGAAGCUCAUUAGGUUUUCCUUCACAAGUUCAUACUUCCAUUUGGUUUAAAUAUAGCUCAUUGGGGAAAAGUUUUGGGGUCAUUGCCUGAGAAACUUAUCAUACGGAAGAUUGUGGUCAAGUCCACAAUCACUUUGAUAGCUUAUUUGUACUCAUACGUUACUCAAGUGAAUUUAUUUUUGAUAGCUU